CGUUUCCUAAUCCCCCAAAACCCCAGAAUUGUAGGUUUCUCGGCGGUGUUUCCAUCGUUUCAAGGAAAUGGAACAACCUGCGACACCAAGUGUUCCUCAAAAACUUAGUGACAGAGACAAGACCAGCAGCAGCAAAACAAAGAGGAAAAUCCCGACACCGCAAGAGCUAAUAUCCCAUUACCAAACCCAAGGCCUGGAUGCCCAAGAAGCUUCCGUCAAAGUCAUUGAGGAUCUCCAGAAUGUGGUGAUGAGGGUCGUCUCAUCCAACUCCAAGCCCAAGAAAGACAAGUUCUUGAUCGACGCCUCGAGAAAGAUGGACAGUGUCAACAACAGGCUAGCGGUGGUGGAUAUGAAGCUCGACUCCAAGCCUGGGUAUUUGGAGACUUUUGCAAUUGGGGUUGCUUCCGGGGCUGCUUUCAAUGGCAUCAGCAGUGUUUUGCCUCAUGUUUUUGAGGGUAUUGCCCAGAUUUGGUCUUCUGUUAGGACUGCUACCAAGCCGUCUUCUUCUUCUUAAACGUGUUUAGGUUAAAUUUUUCUAGAUAGAGUUUUUUGUUUUGUUUUAUCUGGCUUAUGUUGGUUUGGGAAUUUGAGAUUAGAGUACUUCAAUGCUACUGAACUAGAAUCAAAU